GGAUCCGCCAUGACAAGAGAGAGAUAUAAAGAUGGCAAUGAUCAAUGUCAAUUCUUGCUUGAAUCAUCUCAUCAUCCUCCUUCAUCUCAAUCAUCUACAAUGGCCGGUGCUAUUCCUACUGCUGCCCCUCAGCUGGCAGGCGGCUACCUCACGGGUCGAGCCCUCAUCUUUCCCCUGUCGCUCAUCAUCUCCCUCUUCUUCCUGUGGGGUUUCUCCUACGGUCUCCUCGAUGUCCUCAACAAGCAUUUCCAAGAGGUCCUCAAGAUCACACGUCUCGAGUCCACUGGCCUUCAGGUCAUGUACUUUGGCGGUGGUUACCUUCUCUUCUCUCCUGUCGCCGCCGAAGUCCUCAAGCGAAGAGGCUACAAGCAGACUAUUCUUAUGGGAUUGGCUCUGUACUCUCUUGGUGCCAUUCUCUUCUGGCCCGUCGCCAAAUCUGCCGACUCCAACAGCAACGGCCGUGCCGUGUUUGGCGGCUUCUGCGCCUGCACCCUGGUCAUCGCCUGCGGUCUCGCCACGCUAGAGACAGCUGCCAACUCGUACGCCGUCGUCAUUGGCAAGCCCGAAUCUGCUUCAGCUCGACUCCAAUUCUGCCAGUCCUGGAACGGAGUUGCCUCUUUCAUCGGUCCCCUCAUCGCCUCCAAGUACUUCUUCCAGGGCGAGAACCAGAACAGUCUCAAGAAUGUGCAGUUCGUCUACCUCGCUGUGGCCUGCGCUGGCGCUGCUGUCGCCGUGCUCUUCCUGUUUGCCAAGCUCCCCGAAGUCUCUGAGGCUGUCAUUGAGGAUGAGGCUCAUGGACAGACUGCUCAGGGAUCUUUCUGGAAGCAGUACAACAUGUGGUUCGCCUUUGGUGCUCAGAUGUGCUACGUCGGUGCCCAGGUCACCAUUGCCACAUUCUUCAUCAACUACGCCCACGAGAACGGUGGCUUCACCACCAGCAAGGCCAGCACCAUGCUUAGCUACGCUCUCAUCACCUUUACUGUUGGUCGAUUCGUUGCCACGGGUCUGGCUGUCUUCUUCCGCUCCGACUUUAUCAUGGUCAUCUACUCUCUCUUCGCCAUUGCUCUCACUGCGUACGUCAGCGCUGGCAAGGGUGCUGCUAGCGUUGGAGUCCUGAUCGCCAUCUUCUUCUUCGAGGCUCCCAUGUACCCUACCAUCUUCGCCAUGGGUACCAAGAACCUCGGUCGCCACACUCGACGAGCUGCAGGUGUUCUCGUCAUGGGUGUUUCAGGUGGUGCCAUCUUCCCUCCCAUCCAGGGUGCCAUUGCCGACGCCAAGGGAACUCGCAUUAGCUACCUGGUCCCCAUGGUUGGCUUUGUCUACGUCCUUGGCUACGUCACUGUUCACUGGGUCCGCAAUGGCAUGGGCAUCAUGGCCCCCAAGGCGGAGCCCACUCUUGAGGAGAUCAUUGACAAGGAGAAGAGCGGCGCUAUUGUUGAGGAGCACGAGAAGCGAAAGGAGGAUGAUAUGGCUUGA